AUGGGUAAUACGCAAAAGAGCAACACCACCGUAAAGAAAAUUUCCAACGCUGCAGCUUCAGCCUUAAUGGCGGCGGAAGAAAAUCACUUGAUGGUGGAGGAGGGAAAACAUCUUAGCGAAAACAAUGUUACUUCAGCAAUCUGCUUGGCAGAACAAUAUCCGUGGUCCGCUAUCUACAAACAGGACACUAAUUUUGUUCAUGGGAGAUUUCCAUACGCAACACUCAAGCCUGACCCAGUUUUGAGGAACAUUAUUCUCAGUUUGCCUAUUCGCAAAGUUGUUUUCACUAAUGCAGACAAGGCUCAUGCAGCCAAGAUCAUUGCUAGGCUAGGCCUAGAGGACAGCUUUGAAAGAAUCAUAUCGUUCGAGACUCUGAACCCAAACACCCAAACUGAAUCCCCUGUUGCUACUGACAUAAGCAGUUACAUCGCAAAUCCUAACCCAAGCGUUGAACUCCCAAAGACUCCGGUUAUAUGCAAACCAUCUGAAGGAGCAUUCGAACAGGUUUUCAAGAUGACCAACAUCAAUCCUCACAAGACAUUGUUCUUCGAUGACAGUAUCAGUAACAUUCAAACCGGGAAGCGUGUGGGUCUCCACACCGUAUUGGUUGGGACCUCACACAAAGCUGAAGGAGUUGAUAUUGCACUGGAGCAUAUUCACAACAUACGUGAAGCACUUCCUGAACUAUGGGAUGCUGUUGACGACAAAGCCAAGGAGAUUAGAGCCAGGCAAAAAUUUGCCAUUGAAGCUAUAGCUUAA